AUGUAUCUUGCAAAAGUUGGUGCUUUAUUUCUAGCUACAGGUACCUUUGUAUCUGCUACCAAACACUCAAGCAGUAGUGAUGAGCCCAGUUCUACAAGCGUCGGAAUUCUACCUGUUGAAUCGCCCACAUGGUUACCCGACUUCCCUUUACCUAAAGAUGUUAGAACUAGCUAUCCCACCAGCACACCUCAGAUUAGUACAACGUUAUCUCAGGAGACCUUGAAUCUAGAUAACUAUCCAGAACCUUGGUCUUCCCCUAACACGAACACUUCUGAAAUCAAGGCCGUCAUGAACGCUAUUGAUUGGACCAAGGUUCCUAAAGCGCCCAUUCGUAAAGCGAAGAAGAACGGUGACCUCGAUAUGGACAGUUACAAUGUUGAUGAUGACCCAUACUGUUGGUGGUCUGAUACCAACUGCGUCAAGCCUAAAGCCAAAUACUUGCCUGAAGAUAUAACUUAUUGCCCCAGAGCCGGCGAUUGGGGACUUAAUUAUGAUGAUGGACCAUUCAACCUUGCUGGUGAUAAAGAACUUGAUAAAUACGCUGAGCCAGAACUCUAUAACUUCUUGGCCAAGACCAAUAACCAAAAAGCAACCCUCUUUUAUAUCGGCUCUAACGUAGCUACUUAUCCUGCUGCUGCAAGACGUGCAUUAAAUGAUGGCCAUGUUCUGUGUGCUCACACUUGGUCUCAUGCUCAAAUGACUACGCAAACCAACGAGCAAGUUGUUGCUGAGCUCUACUGGACUAUUCGUGCUAUCAAAGAAGCAACCGGCGUUACCACAAAAUGCUGGCGUCCUCCAUAUGGUGAUGUUGACGAUCGAGUUCGUGCUAUUGCUCACCAAAUGGGUUUACAAACCAUCAUUUGGGAUCAAGAUACCGAUGAUUGGAACAUGUUUGGUGAAGGUGGCGGUAUGUUGCCUACUUCCACGGUUGACGGCUACUUUACUGAAUGGAUCAAGGCCGCCAAAAAGAAGACUGAUACUCAUGGUCAUAUUGUCCUUCAACACGAAUUGAACAAUGCUACCGUUAAGAUGGCUGAAAAAUGGUUAUCCACCCUUCAAGAGAACUUCAACGUCGUUACAAUCCAACAAUGCAUGAAUAUUUCACAACCCUAUUGGGAAAGCAACUGGGUCUAUCCUACUGAAGCGAAUCCUAACGUUGCCAACACCACCAUAUCGUCUCCCAUCACCGACAACAACAAUUCUACUUCCAAAAGUCAACCCACAUCAACCCACAAAGCCUCAUCCUCUUCGGAACGAGCACCAACACAUGCAACUACUCAUUAUGCUGCUGAUACUACCAUCAAAACAGACGACUACACUGCCGAUGCAUCUGAUAACAAAGAUGCUUCUCCCACAAGCAAUAUCGAAUUGAACGCCAAAACUACCGAUAUUCUCUUAGCUGUUGUUGACUCAGAGUUGCAAAUCUCUGGUGCCUUAAGAAACAAUGCUGACAGUUCUUCUUUAAUUGCUCUUGCUGCCGCUUCCAUCACUUAUUUUUUCUUCAACUAA